AUGGGUCGUUCACUUGGAUAUAAUAAACCACCAAGUUGCCGUCGUGUUGAUGAUUAUGUCAAACAGUCCACGACCGAGUCUCCGUCAGAGUCCACGACCGAGUCUCCGUCAGAGUCCCCGACCGAGUCUCCGUCAGAGCCCACGACCGAGUCUCCGUCAGAGCCCACGACCGAGUCUCCGUCAGAGCCCACGACCGAGUCUCCGUCAGAGCCCACGACCGAGUCUCCGUCAGAGCCCACGACCGAGUCUCCGUCAGAGCCCACGACCGAGUCUCCGUCAGAGCCCACGACCGAGUCUCCGUCAGAGCCCACGACCGAGUCUCCGUCAGAGCCCACGACCGAGUCUCCGUCAGAGCCCACGACCGAGUCUCCGUCAGAGCCCACGACCGAGUCUCCGUCAGAGCCCACGACCGAGUCUCCGUCAGAGCCCACGACCGAGUCUCCGUCAGAGCCCACGACCGAGUCUCCGUCAGAGCCCACGACCGAGUCUCCGUCAGAGCCCACGACCGAGUCUCCGUCAGAGCCCACGACCGAGUCUCCGUCAGAGCCCACGACCGAGUCUCCGUCAGAGCCCACGACCGAGUCUCCGUCAGAGCCCACGACCGAGUCUCCGUCAGAGCCCACGACCGAGUCUCCGUCAGAGCCCACGACCGAGUCUCCGUCAGAGCCCACGACCGAGUCUCCGUCAGAGCCCACGACCGAGUCUCCGUCAGAGCCCACGACCGAGUCUCCGUCAGAGCCCACGACCGAGUCUCCGUCAGAGCCCACGACCGAGUCUCCGUCAGAGCCCACGACCGAGUCUCCGUCAGAGCCCACGACCGAGUCUCCGUCAGAGCCCACGACCGAGUCUCCGUCAGAGCCCACGACCGAGUCUCCGUCAGAGCCCACGACCGAGUCUCCGUCAGAGCCCACGACCGAGUCUCCGUCAGAGCCCACGACCGAGUCUCCGUCAGAGCCCACGACCGAGUCUCCGUCAGAGCCCACGACCGAGUCUCCGUCAGAGCCCACGACCGAGUCUCCGUCAGAGCCCACGACCGAGUCUCCGUCAGAGCCCACGACCGAGUCUCCGUCAGAGCCCACGACCGAGUCUCCGUCAGAGCCCACGACCGAGUCUCCGUCAGAGCCCACGACCGAGUCUCCGUCAGAGCCCACGACCGAGUCUCCGUCAGAGCCCACGACCGAGUCUCCGUCAGAGCCCACGACCGAGUCUCCGUCAGAGCCCACGACCGAGUCUCCGUCAGAGCCCACGACCGAGUCUCCGUCAGAGCCCACGACCGAGUCUCCGUCAGAGCCCACGACCGAGUCUCCGUCAGAGCCCACGACCGAGUCUCCGUCAGAGCCCACGACCGAGUCUCCGUCAGAGCCCACGACCGAGUCUCCGUCAGAGCCCACGACCGAGUCUCCGUCAGAGUCCCACGACCGAGUCUCCCCCACGACCGAGUCUCCGUCAGAGCCCACGACCGAGUCUCCGUCAGAGCCCACGACCGAGUCUCCGUCAGAGCCCACGACCGAGUCUCCGUCAGAGCCCACGACCGAGUCUCCGUCAGAGCCCACGACCGAGUCUCCGUCAGAGCCCACGACCGAGUCUCCGUCAGAGCCCACGACCGAGUCUCCGUCAGAGCCCACGACCGAGUCUCCGUCAGAGCCCACGACCGAGUCUCCGUCAGAGCCCACGACCGAGUCUCCGUCAGAGCCCACGACCGAGUCUCCGUCAGAGCCCACGACCGAGUCUCCGUCAGAGCCCACGACCGAGUCUCCGUCAGAGCCCACGACCGAGUCUCCGUCAGAGCCCACGACCGAGUCUCCGUCAGAGCCCACGACCGAGUCUCCGUCAGAGCCCACGACCGAGUCUCCGUCAGAGCCCACGACCGAGUCUCCGUCAGAGCCCACGACCGAGUCUCCGUCAGAGCCCACGACCGAGUCUCCGUCAGAGCCCACGACCGAGUCUCCGUCAGAGCCCACGACCGAGUCUCCGUCAGAGCCCACGACCGAGUCUCCGUCAGAGCCCACGACCGAGUCUCCGUCAGAGCCCACGACCGAGUCUCCGUCAGAGCCCACGACCGAGUCUCCGUCAGAGCCCACGACCGAGUCUCCGUCAGAGCCCACGACCGAGUCUCCGUCAGAGCCCACGACCGAGUCUCCGUCAGAGCCCACGACCGAGUCUCCGUCAGAGCCCACGACCGAGUCUCCGUCAGAGCCCACGACCGAGUCUCCGUCAGAGCCCACGACCGAGUCUCCGUCAGAGCCCACGACCGAGUCUCCGUCAGAGCCCACGACCGAGUCUCCGUCAGAGCCCACGACCGAGUCUCCGUCAGAGCCCACGACCGAGUCUCCGUCAGAGCCCACGACCGAGUCUCCGUCAGAGCCCACGACCGAGUCUCCGUCAGAGCCCACGACCGAGUCUCCGUCAGAGCCCACGACCGAGUCUCCGUCAGAGCCCACGACCGAGUCUCCGUCAGAGCCCACGACCGAGUCUCCGUCAGAGCCCACGACCGAGUCUCCGUCAGAGCCCACGACCGAGUCUCCGUCAGAGCCCACGACCGAGUCUCCGUCAGAGCCCACGACCGAGUCUCCGUCAGAGCCCACGACCGAGUCUCCGUCAGAGCCCACGACCGAGUCUCCGUCAGAGCCCACGACCGAGUCUCCGUCAGAGCCCACGACCGAGUCUCCGUCAGAGCCCACGACCGAGUCUCCGUCAGAGCCCACGACCGAGUCUCCGUCAGAGCCCACGACCGAGUCUCCGUCAGAGCCCACGACCGAGUCUCCGUCAGAGCCCACGACCGAGUCUCCGUCAGAGCCCACGACCGAGUCUCCGUCAGAGCCCACGACCGAGUCUCCGUCAGAGCCCACGACCGAGUCUCCGUCAGAGCCCACGACCGAGUCUCCGUCAGAGCCCACGACCGAGUCUCCGUCAGAGCCCACGACCGAGUCUCCGUCAGAGCCCACGACCGAGUCUCCGUCAGAGCCCACGACCGAGUCUCCGUCAGAGCCCACGACCGAGUCUCCGUCAGAGCCCACGACCGAGUCUCCGUCAGAGCCCACGACCGAGUCUCCGUCAGAGCCCACGACCGAGUCUCCGUCAGAGCCCACGACCGAGUCUCCGUCAGAGCCCACGACCGAGUCUCCGUCAGAGCCCACGACCGAGUCUCCGUCAGAGCCCACGACCGAGUCUCCGUCAGAGCCCACGACCGAGUCUCCGUCAGAGCCCACGACCGAGUCUCCGUCAGAGCCCACGACCGAGUCUCCGUCAGAGCCCACGACCGAGUCUCCGUCAGAGCCCACGACCGAGUCUCCGUCAGAGCCCACGACCGAGUCUCCGUCAGAGCCCACGACCGAGUCUCCGUCAGAGCCCACGACCGAGUCUCCGUCAGAGCCCACGACCGAGUCUCCGUCAGAGCCCACGACCGAGUCUCCGUCAGAGCCCACGACCGAGUCUCCGUCAGAGCCCACGACCGAGUCUCCGUCAGAGCCCACGACCGAGUCUCCGUCAGAGCCCACGACCGAGUCUCCGUCAGAGCCCACGACCGAGUCUCCGUCAGAGCCCACGACCGAGUCUCCGUCAGAGCCCACGACCGAGUCUCCGUCAGAGCCCACGACCGAGUCUCCGUCAGAGCCCACGACCGAGUCUCCGUCAGAGCCCACGACCGAGUCUCCGUCAGAGCCCACGACCGAGUCUCCGUCAGAGCCCACGACCGAGUCUCCGUCAGAGCCCACGACCGAGUCUCCGUCAGAGCCCACGACCGAGUCUCCGUCAGAGCCCACGACCGAGUCUCCGUCAGAGCCCACGACCGAGUCUCCGUCAGAGCCCACGACCGAGUCUCCGUCAGAGCCCACGACCGAGUCUCCGUCAGAGCCCACGACCGAGUCUCCGUCAGAGCCCACGACCGAGUCUCCGUCAGAGCCCACGACCGAGUCUCCGUCAGAGCCCACGACCGAGUCUCCGUCAGAGCCCACGACCGAGUCUCCGUCAGAGUCCACGACCGAGUCUCCGUCAGAGCCCACGACCGAGUCUCCGUCAGAGUCCACGACCGAGUCUCCGUCAGAGUCCACGACCGAGUCUCCGUCAGAGUCCACGACCGAGUCUCCGUCAGAGUCCACGACCGAGUCUCCGUCAGAGUCCACGACCGAGUCUCCGUCAGAGUCCACGACCGAGUCUCCGUCAGAGUCCACGACCGAGUCUCCGUCAGAGUCCACGACCGAGUCUCCGUCAGAGUCCACGACCGAGUCUCCGUCAGAGUCCACGACCGAGUCUCCGUCAGAGUCCACGACCGAGUCUCCGUCAGAGUCCACGACCGAGUCUCCGUCAGAGUCCACGACCGAGUCUCCGUCAGAGUCCACGACCGAGUCUCCGUCAGAGUCCACGACCGAGUCUCCGUCAGAGUCCACGACCGAGUCUCCGUCAGAGUCCACGACCGAGUCUCCGUCAGAGUCCACGACCGAGUCUCCGUCAGAGUCCACGACCGAGUCUCCGUCAGAGUCCACGACCGAGUCUCCGUCAGAGUCCACGACCGAGUCUCCGUCAGAGUCCACGACCGAGUCUCCGUCAGAGUCCACGACCGAGUCUCCGUCAGAGUCCACGACCGAGUCUCUACCAGAAGUACAGGUGUAUGUCACCAGUGGUGUAAGCUCGUAG